AUGAGAUUGACGUUGGCUUUGUUGGCCCUGGUGGGAUACGCCAUGGCUGGAGUGUAUAAGGUUCCUCUCACAAAGGUCGAGACGCCACGUUUGAGAAUGAUGCGUGAAGGGACGUGGACUAGGUUCCUCGAGGAGAGGGAAGCUAUGCGUAUUGUAAUGGGACGCACAAUGGGCGCUGAUGUCGUUCCUCAAGUUGUAAACGACUUUACAGACACGCAGUAUCUUGGAAAUAUUACACUCGGCACACCAGAGCAGUCAUUUACGGUUGUCCUUGACACUGGAUCCGCCAACUUGUGGAUUCCUGACAGCUCUUGCAACGCUGUUGCUUGCAAAAACAAGCGUAAAUACCAAGCGUCGGAGUCCUCUACAUACAAGAAGGAUGGCAAAGAGUGGUCAAUCGAGUACGGCACCGGUGCAGCAAAUGGAAUUCUUGCAGAAGAGACUGUAAGAUUUGGUGAUCAGGGAACUCAGCAACUUGUCGUUCCGAACACUGGAUUUGGCCAAGCUACCCGCCUUGCUGCCUUCUUCGCUCAUGUACACCUGGAUGGCAUCCUCGGGUUAGGAUUCCCCGAACUUGCAGUGGAAGGUGUUUUGCCUCCUUUCUUCAACGCAGUAAAGCAAGGUCUCCUCGAUGAACCCAUUUUCACCGUUUUCCUCAAGCACAUGGAACAUCAAGAAAACGUCCCUGGUGGAGUUUACACAUACGGAGGUUUGGACAAGGAAAAUUGCGGAGAAGUGAUUGCCUACGAGCCCUUGAGUUCCGCAACAUACUGGCAGUUUAAGAUGGAUGCAGUCGCAGCCGGUUCGUUUUCUGCAAAUCAAGGUUGGGAAGCCAUGUCGGACACUGGAACCUCGUUUAUAGGUAUUCCUAACAACCUUCUUGGAGGAAUAGCUCAGGCUCUGAGAUCAAAGCAUGACCCAAGAAGUGGUGUCUACCUCGUCCCCUGCGACGCAGAUCUGAAUCUUGACUUGACUAUCGGUGGUAAAGUCUACUCAAUUAAAGGGCCAAAUCUCGCUGUCCACGGAGUAAAAAAUAAUGAUGAAACUUGCUUGCUGCCCUUCUUCGGACAGAACUCAAUGGGAUUCGGUCCCGCGUGGCUCCUUGGCGAUCCAUUCAUCCGACAAUUUUGCAACAUCCACGAUAUUGAGAAAAAGCAAAUCGGUUUUGCAGAAUCAAAGCAACAGUAA